AUGGAGGACGAUUUUCCUGGAAAAACAAUUAUUUUAGGAAAUAAGACAUAUAAAUUGGAUGAACUAAGUCCCGAGGAACGUUUUCGAAGGGCAACGAGACAACCAAUUGAACCAAACACACCUAGACUAGUAUACAAAUGGUUUUUGUUAGUAUAUAAAUGUAGUUACGGACUGGCUAUUGGUGGUUAUUUUCUUGUAAUGAUGACAUUUCUUGGAAUAACAAAUUUAUUUUUAAUACAACCUCAGACGACAUUAGAUAUUGGAAUAUUAAUCAUGUUUUAUGGUAUUUAUUAUGGUGUUCUGGGACGAGAUAUGGCUGAAUCAUGUGCAGAUCGUAUGGCAUCUAAAAUUGGGUAUUACUCUGAAACAGGUUUACCAAAACGAUCGUUAGAAUCAAACACAUGUGCUGUGUGUGCCAAUCCAAUAUUGGUCCAAAAUAAUGAUGAAGCAAUUAUCGAAAGAACCUAUAAACUACAAUGUGGACAUACAUUUCACGAAUUUUGUAUUCGGGGAUGGUGUAUCGUCGGAAAGAAACAAACAUGUCCAUAUUGUAAAGAAAAAGUUGAUUUAAAACGAUUAUUUCCAAAUCCGUGGGAAAAACCUCAUGUACUUUAUGGAAAUCUUCUGGAUUGGAGUGAUUUAAGACAAUGUGGCGAGCGUUGUCUACCAGAACUGGCUAAAUUAGAUCAAACUACAAAAAAUUACGUUACACAAGUUCAUAAAAUACGAAAUGUUUGUGCACCAAAAGAUAAUGAAUCAUCAACUCAUUUACCGCAUAUGUAUCGUUUAAUAAUAACAGAUGGACAUGCAUAUCAAAAUGCUCUUGUUCUACCAACUCUAAAAAAUUUUAGUUUAGACACACCACCUGGAACAAAACUCUUGUUAAAACCACAAACAAAAUUAUUACAUGGAUUUUAUAUCUUGAACGAUAAGACCUGUGAAGUGUUAGGCGGUACUGUUUUAGAUUUAGUUCAAAAAUGGCAUUUAAGCAAAAUAAUGCCCCAUCAUGUUCGGCAGAUGAUAGGAGACGGGGCACCACCACCUUGGGUACCAUUUGGCGUUAAACAAUCUAUUACAGUGGAUACUACUCAAAAAUCGAUGGAUGUUGCAAAAGUACAACCCAAUGUUGAGGAUCCAGAAUUUGUUAAAAUUCGACGUGCUGCGAUUGAUAAUAUAAUUAAUGAAAGCAUGACGAAAACUGAACGUUUUGCUAAUCAAGAUGUUUCUAAGGGAAAAAAUAUAGGAAAAUGUUUCGAUCAAUCAUUUCAACGUUUAGAUAAACCAAUAUCUUCAACAAAUGCAAGAACUGAUAGAACACAGACACCGUCAUCAUCGUCCCAGACAACAACAACUACAUCCCGUAGUAGACUUCCAGAUUGGGCUAAAGAUCAAUUAGAAGAAAAUCGGCGUUAUGAAGAUGAUGAAAAAGAGCCGAGUAAUAAUGUUACAUUAUUUGAUUUUCUUGCAUCUAAAACAAAAAAUUUAUCGGUUUCUGGAUCACAAAAAUCAACAGUAACGAGACCGAGUACAUCUCAUGGGCAGCAAAGAAUGCAAACGAAAACAAGUCAAGUAGAAUCACCACCUGCAGGUAAGCCAAUUACGUUUGUUCAACAGAAAACAAAUCAACAACAAAAAGUGUCAGUACCAACGCCUAGUCAAUCUCGUAUGUCGAGUGCUGUACAGAAACAAUCAUUUCCAUAUGAUAAUGGUGAUUGUGUAUAUGCUCGUUUUCAUGAAGAUAAUGAAUAUUAUCCGGCUAUCAUUAUGAAUAUCAUUCAUAAUAAUCAAAAAUGUUCAGUGAUGUUUGAAGGUUAUGAUACACAAGAAAUCGUUGGCUUUGAUGAUAUCGAACCAUACGCCGAAGAAGACGAGCAAUAUGAAGAUGAAUCUUACACUCAGCAACAGCAACAACCACAACAUUAUGGAUAUCAGCCAGCUGUCGCUGCUGGAUUUGCUAAUUCAUAUUAUCAACAGCAACAACAACAAACUUAUCAACAGCCGCAACAGCAAACUUAUCAACAGCAGCAACAGCAAACUUAUCAACAGCCGCAACAGCAAACUUAUCAACAGCAGCAACAGCAAACUUAUCAACAGCAGCAACAGCAAACUUAUGGACAAGAUCAGAGAAAUUACAAUAGUGGUGACAAUAGAAGCGGACCUGGCGAUUAUAAUUUAAAAUGUAUCACUCUUCUUCGAACACUAAUGGAAGAUUAUUUUAAAGAUUUUUUGUUACGAUUUAAGCAACGUGCUGAAUGUUGUGGUAGUGAACUAACUGUACAGGAUUCAUUUGAAAAAACAUUGAAAGAAAUUCUUUUCAUUGAUUUAAAAACUUUUUAUCGUUAUAUGAAAAUUAGUGCAACAAUAAUCAACAACAAAUAA